CAAAAACAGCUAUUUUUGUACCCUAUCACAGAGUAUUUGGAUUUGAAAAAGGCACAGAAACCAGCUACUGUUUUAUAAAGAAAAAAGGAGAUUGUAAAAGGUAGAGCACACAAAUAUUGUGCGUGAAAAUUUUGGGGUUGCCCACGCAAAUCAAGCCUCUAUUAACGUUGACACCUUAAUUACCCUCGAUUUGCCUUUCUACCCAGCCUUUCACCAAAACAAAUAAAUAAAUAAAUUAAGCUUGUUUUGGAUUAAGCCCAUAGUUGGGAUUAAUGGAUAUUAUCCAAAGAGUUAAAAAACCAUUUAUGUAAUCUGGCAUCCAUAUAAAGUCAGUAUGCACAGCGAAUAAGAGACAGUUGUUGAUUGUCUCUUGUGAAAUACAUUUAUACAUUUACAAAAAAAAUGUUAGGGCUAAGAGUGCUUUUUGCUUUAAAUAUAAUAAUAUUCGGGUCUUUUCAUGGAGAGUGUGCCGUAGUAAAUAAAGAUAAAUCACUUAUUGAAGCUCAAUCGAUUGGACGAAUUGUGAACCGCAUAAGUCACAAAGAAAUUAUACAGAGCAGCGGUUAUGUGAAUGAUAUUACCAGAGCAUCAAACGUUGAUCAGGCAUACCCAUGUCCCCAUUCAUCUGAUAUAGCUAAAAUAAAUAGUUUUCAAGAACCUAAAAUCAAUGAAAACCCAUCAGUUACGAAUUUCGCCAGCUCGUAUAUAAACAGUCAAUCAACGCAUCAUUCUACUGAUUUUCAAUUGCAAAUUCAGAGCUCACGACCAGCUCAGCACAUUCAUUACCAUUAUAUUGUGCCCAAUACUCCUGCAAAGCCGAUAAUAAAUUAUGUAUCUCAUUCCGAUGCCAACGCCUACAAUGUAAAUUCGGAAAACAAACACUAUUCCUCUGUUGUUCCACCACAACCAUCACAUAUCAAUGAAUAUAAUCUACACUCUACUAAUCGAGUUGAAGAACCCCAAGUUAACCCAUUAUACUCAACUGUGGACAAUAGUGGAUACCUUUACGAUUCCCCAGAUGAGCACCAGGGUCAAGCUUCUGAAAGCACAUCGGUUUACGAAUCGUUAAGAGAUCCGGAUUCGGGCCAAGUCUCAAAAGAACAACCUCAAGAACAACAGGAGGCUAUACUGAAAACAAACAUUCCAGAAGUACCCCAAAUUCCUCAAAUGCAAGUAGCCAAUAACACAAAAAAAACGGAGGUGUACUUUAUUAAAUACUACGACGAUAAAGAUACUACAACAACAAGUUCUCCUGAUUUACCGAAAUUAAAUGAUACUCUAAAUGAGUUUUCUGACGGCAGUGGCUUAAUAGAUAUAAGGGCAGGCGUGGAAGAAAUUCUGGAUAGCCAAAUAGAGGAUACCAUGCCCUAUAACGAACAUUCAGCAUACAAUGUUCCGCUCAACUAA